AUGUCCAUCUACAAAAACUUGCUUGCUCAAUACCCUCAUCCACACAUCAUCCGAGGCUAUGCCAAUGAUUCUCAAUGUUGGUGUUUCCCCUCUCGGUUAGUGAGAGCUUUUCCAAAAGAAUUCUCAAUGACUCUCACCGAUGAUUACCACAUCCACAUGAUUGGCAAUGAAGAGAAGGAAUUUGUGUUGGAUUUUUCAGAAGGAUUGAUUUUGAAAUGUAAAACCUAUUCCGAUAAUACAUUUAUUAGAGGUGUCAAACCAAAUCCUGCUGUUUCGCAUCGAGUUAUUGUGAGAUAUUUCCCUGCGAGUGAAAUUGAAGGCUCAUGUCGUGAGUUGCUGGGUAUUGGAGACAAGGAAAAAACAGUGGCAAGAUACAAGGAAUCUGUAUUUGUGAUUUAUCCCAACAAGAAAGUGGAGGCACUAUUUGAGUGGUAUGUCGAUAAUGUCCGAUCUCCUGAGAGAGGACGAAACCUCUAUGCUUACAAUGUGAAAGAAGAAUAUUGGAUGAGAAAAUAUCAAUAUGUUGGAUUGGAUCAAGAGCACGUCUUUGGUCUCGACGACAAAUUUGACAUGUUCGAACGAGAUUUUACAAUUAUUCACAAGAAAAUUGAAUUGUUGCACAAGGUUGGAAAGAGCUGCUCACUCAACUACUUCUUACAUGGACCUCCAGGAACUGGUAAAAGCUCUUUCGCAAAAUGCGUUGCAACCAAGUACAACUUGGAUAUUUACACUGCCAAUUUGAAGGAUGCUAAACAUAUUAAGGAUUCUGAUGCUAUCAAGUCGAUUCUUUCUCCAAGAAAAAUGAUUUUCAAAGAAGAGCCAGAACGUGACAACUCAGAGUGUUCAAAUGGAGGCUGCGGCGACGACGAUUAUGAUGAAUGUGACUAUGACAAAAUUAUUAAUCCUGGCAAACAUGAAUAUGUCGUUGUAUUGAUUGAGGACUUUGACAGAUAUUUGAACAGUUGCAACUCUGAAGAAAUGAGCAAUGUGUUAAAUGCCAUUGAUGGUGUUGAACCUUCAGAUGGUAUUAUUCGUAUUUUCUCGGCCAAUAACACAGAGGAAAUUAAAUUGAAUAAGGCAUUUUUGAGCAGAAUGAAUGGCAUUUGGAGAUUCGAGAUAAAUUCUCAAGAAAGUAUUGAAAAGAGAGUUUAUGAACUUUUCCCACAUAAUCAAGUCAGAUUAUCAAAGGAGGAAGAUCCUGAACAAAAACCAGUUCAAUGUUUGUAUGCCAAACGAGCAGCAGAGUACAAAAUGUCACUCAGAGAAGUCACCAAUCAUUUGUGUCGAUACUUGAUGGAUGAAGUGAAUGGAAUUGUAGAAGCUUACAAAGAUAUCGAAAGAUUUGUCCAAGAAAAGGAAAUCAAGGUUGAGAAUGACUCGUUCACUAUCAAUGGAACAGAAGACGGACAACAGGAGAAUGGAAUUGCUGACAGUAAUGACACGGAGGCAUCCUCAGAGUACGAAACUAAGGUGUAA